CACAACAACAAAGAUGGACGCGUGUUCUGCCGUCGAGAGAGAAAUUGAUAAAGUUUUGUCGAAAUUCACCUCCUACAGUGACCAUGCGUCGAGUACCAUUACUAAUCUGCGCACGAAUAUUGAGAGUCUCCGGAUAGAGAUUGAUCAAGCUCAUAAUGGUGAUAUCACAGAAGCCCAAGCAGUUAUACUGAGCCAGGCCCUUGGACGUGUAAAAGAAGCAGUCACACGACUCAGCACAGAACACAGAGAUCUCCAUUCUUCUGUAUCAAAAGUUGGCAAAGCCAUUGACAAGAAUUUUACUGCUGACUUUGGAUGUAUCAGCAAUGAUUCAGUGUUCAGCGGAGAAAAGCAACAAUUAGUAAAUGAAGUCAUUUGUCAACAUUUCUUCCGGGAAGGACUUUUAGAUAUUGCAGAAGAACAUAUAAGAGAAACAGGUUUGGAGCUGCAGGAAGAGUCGCGUGAACCAUUUUUUGAGCUUAAUCGUAUUCUGGCAGCUCUUAAAAGUAGAGACCUUGAACCAGCAUUGCAGUGGGCUGAAGAAAACAGGGAGAAAUUGAGGGCCCAGAAUAGCAGUCUGGAAUUCAAGUUACAUCGCUUGGCUUACAUAAAUUUAGUUAGUGAAGGGCCGCACAGUGUUCCUCAAGCUAUUGAGUAUGCCAGAGUUCAUUUCACACCAUUUGUAUAUCAGCAUGAAAAGGUGAUCCAAAGCCUUAUGGGAUGCCUGCUGUAUGUCAAAGGUGGCUUGAUAAACUCUCCAUAUGCAGAUCUCCUAAGUGCACAACAGUGGUCAGAAAUUUGUGAUGUGUUCACAAGAGAUGCCUGUUCCUUACUUGGUCUCUCAGUAGAUAGCUCUUUAGCUGUGUGUGUAAAUGCAGGGUGUACAGCUUUGCCGGUUCUGCUGAAUAUCAAACAGGUCAUGCAGCAGAGACAAGUUCACAACAUGUGGAAUAGCAAAGAGGAACUCCCAAUUGAGAUUGAUCUUGGCCCAUCAUCCCGUUAUCAUUCAAUAUUUGCAUGUCCUAUUCUACGUCAGCAAUCAACAGAGUCUAAUCCUCCCAUGAGAUUGAUAUGUGGUCACGUGAUCUCACGGGAUGCCCUGAAUAAGCUUACAACCAGUUCAAAGUUGAAGUGCCCCUACUGUCCUGUUGAACAAAAUCCAGCAGAUGCUAUUCAGAUUUUUUUUUAAGAUAGCUUUAUCUCUAAUUUAAGAAAAGAAAUAAUAUAUAUAUGAUGAUACAUGCAUACAUAAAUUCAUGUAUGCAUACAUGGUCAUUUCAGCAUAAACAUACAUAAAUACAUAAACACAUGUAUACAAACGUAUAUACAUACAUAAAGUAUAUAAAUACGUAGUAAUUAUCAUGUAAAGUAAUUAGUAUAUAUCUUAAAGGCACGUUUGUUCACAGUACUAUUUGGAUUUAUUUCUUAUUCAGGAUGUUUACCAUAAAGUUCCAUGCCUUUGCUUUACUUAAAAUGGUGUUUUCUAAGUUGUAAAGAGAUAGGCAAGUGGUUUAGAAUAUAUAUACAUAAAUCUGAAAAUGCCUUGCAUAUUUCUGUACAUAUGUUUACACAGGGAGAAAGCUGGAACAGAGAGAGAAAGAGAGUGUGUGUGUGUGUGAUUGAUUGAGUGAGUGAAGCUACAAAGAAACUAGAGGGAUUUUUACCUUGUAUUCCAGUGCUAUGCGCAUGUCACUGUAAAGCUCAUGGCACUGGGACCAAACUCUUCUUAGCUGUCACUGCUUAGCAUAUGACACAAAUAUAAAGUUCAAAGAAUAGAGACAGGCUUAUAUAUCCCAUCUAGAAAGAGAUGGUACUUUGUGCUUUUGUACUGUUAUACUUAAAGUAGAUAGAGAAGAUGGUCUGCCUAUUUUGAUGAAUUAAUAUAUAUGUCCUGUUCAUUCACCACUGUCUUGUGAAGAGACACGAAGUGAAGGCUUCUGUUUCUUCCCAAAGUGGGGGUCUAAAAGAUUUUGCUAGAUUUUGUAAACAGAUGUGCGAGUUUAGCUGUGGGUUUGACUCGGAGUUCUUCUGUCUUCAUGAGGCCUGCAAUUUUAUAUGUCUCUCAAGUUCCUGGAUGUUUCACCUGUGUGUCAAUACAACAUUGUCCAGAUGCAAAGGCUAUCUAUUGAUGCUGUUAAAAGGAAAAAAGUGCACUAUGAAAAACUGAAGCACAGUGUACAGACAGAUGUGCCUUUAGGUGGAUGUGCUACCAUUACAAAUAUGUUGGAUUCUGGUUUAGCUAUUAUUUUAUUUAUAUCCCUUUUCCCCAUGACAUUCCUAGAUUCAAAAGGGAAAUUAUGAUUCAUUUCCUUUCCAAGUGUUUAAAUCCUCCCAAUUGCAAAGCAUAGAUCUGAGAUACCACUUUUUAUAUUAUUGUGAUAAAAUUAUGGGAUGUGGUUAUUAUUAUUAUCAUUAUUGUUAUCUUAUUUUAUAUUAUUAUUAUAUUGGUUUAAACUAAAUUGAUGAUUUUAUUAUUAUAGUAAGAAUAGAUUAAUAAUGAUAAUAAUAGUAUCACUCUGACACUAGUGAUUGCAAUAGUAAUGUAAUUUUUGUUUUCAUUACACAUUUCUUCAUUAUGCAGUCAUUAUUUCCUCAAAAAAUAUUUACUAAAUUAUAAUAAAUAAUAAUGAAAUAUUACUGUUUUAUUUCUUGUAAGAAUUUAUAGGUAACAGUAUUAUGUAGCAAUGGGUGGCUAGUCAGCCAUGAGACUACCAUUAGAAAGUUGCAUUUGUGAGGAAAUGUAAACCCAGGUCUUAUGAUUUUAAAUAUAUUUAUGUAUAUUAUUGCAGGUUUAGAAUUACAAGAUUAGAGGUAUAGAUUGGGUCUAACACUGUCAUGAGCCAAAUCACACUUUGUUAAGUUCAUCCCACAACAGUAUGAUUGACUUUGAUCCUUUUUGUUUGAAGUAAGUAGUCACACAUGUAGAAAUAGUAGUGAUCUAAUGGAAGCAAAAUGAAAAUAUGUUAGAUUUAUGUAUUCUUUCAUAUUUAUUCAGAAACUCAUCAUUCAAAGUACUUGACUGUGGGGAAAUAGUCCUUUAGAUGUAUCUUGCAUUUGUUUAACCUCUCCGUUUAGACUUACCCAAGAUUUAUUUCACAAAUGGCGAUGGGUUUCUGUCUUCUGUGUAUUAUUGUGAGACCAGUCCAAAUGUUCACUGGAAUGUUGAGUAGUAUAGUAUCAGGUGAAAGAUAUAUUUUCUCGUUCACGCAUUUCAGUAAGAAAUUACAGGGAUAGGAAUUCCGUUUGUAUACACAUGUUAAAAAAAAAGCUCAUGGUAUUUAGAAAUUAGCUACUAGGUAAAAUGUAGCAGGUAUACAAUUUAUUUAUAGCAGGUGUGAAGUCUAGGAACAAAAGUUUUUUGAAAUAAAAUUUCAUAAUGCAAGGUAUUAAUAUAAAGGUUGUAAGUGAGAAGGUGCACAUUUAACUCAUUGUUUGCACGGAUGUUAUUUAUUCUGUAUUGUAUAUAUUUUCAUUGAAUAUUAUCGUACUUUUUGGGUGUGCAGCUAUGUUGAUAUAUAGAUAUGGAAAUCAUAUAUGUCCAAAUUAUAAGCUGCAGAGGAAAAUGAUGUUAUACUUAGAUUUAGUUACAUGUUCUUAAAAUACUGUACACAUGCUUUUAAA